AUGGCGGGAAUUUUAGAUGUUCAUGUCCAUUACGCGGCAGGGCUCCCAUCAUUGUGUGACUAUGGCGAGCAGGACGUUUACGUUCGUUUCUUAUUCGGCGAGCUCGAUCCCCUCUCUGGCGCCGUGUUACAGACCAGGACGGUUCGCAAGGGCGGCACGCGGCCCAUAUUCGACCAGUCGUUGCAAGUCGGAGUCCCGUCGGGCGAGCAGCGUCUGCGCUGCGAGGUGUUCAUGUCGCAGCCGCGCGGGCGCGAUCAGCUGCUGGGCGCCGCGAACGUGUCGCUGGAGGAGAUUAUAUCGCGUACGGCCAAGCUCUCCAAGAAACCCGCGGAGUUCAAGCUGCUAAGCAGCAGCAGCGCGCCCGCGGGAGCACUCGUGCUCACGCUCUCCUACCACGGCCGCUCCGCCUCUUCCUCUCGCCCCGCCGCGCAGCCAUCCGCGCAGGCCUCCGCACUAUUCAGUGCGCAGUCCGCCGCGCAGGCCGACGGACAAGCCGGCGCGGCGGCCGCGGCAGCGGCGGCGGCUGCCGGGGCGUUCUCGCGGUUUGCGUUCCCGCCCUCCCCGCAAGACUCCGCCUCCGCCGCCGCCGCCGCGAUCUCGCUGCUCCCCGCAAAGAGAACCCCUCCCCCGCUCCCCGCGUCGUUCGCCGUGGCUCCCACUCCACCCCUCCCCUCAUCCCUCCCCGCGUCUAGCGCCGUAGACGCGAUAGCAGCUGCGCUGUUUCCGCGGACGCACAUCCAAGCGCAGGCUCAGGCGCAGGCGCAGGCGCAGGUUCAGGCUCAGGCGCAGGCGCAGACGCACGCGCAAAUGCACCCGCAGAUGCUGACGUCACCCCAGCUGGCUUCACCCAUGUUCCCCCCCGCCGCUUCCCCAUUUCCGCCUCCCCCUUCCCCGCCUGUCGCUAAUGCGCAGGCGGCAGUCGCGACCCCGCCGCCCCCUUCGUUCUUUAAUCCUUCCCCCUCGUUAGUAUCGCAUCCUGCCCCCUCGUUACUGUCACAUCCUUCCGCCGCAGCGGCGCCGUUACAUUUCAACCCCCAUGCCUCGUCCGCCACUGCGCCGUCGUCGUCGCCGCAGCGCUGGCGCGCAACGGAAGGCUCGUCGCAGCUAGAAUCGAGGCGGGUAGUAACGGGGACGGAGGGAGAAAACCGCGCAGGCAGGGACUUUACAGGCGCGAAAGGGGCGGGGGGAGAUGCGCUGCGCGGUAUAGCUUCCGCGGAGUUCAGUUUGGGGGAGGCGCGGAUCGGCGGAGCGGGGAUUGGGGGAGCGGGAAUACGCGGCGCGGAAACGGGGGUAACGGCGGGGGUAGCGGGGGCGGCAGCGGAGCUGAUGACACUGGCGCAAAACGACAGCACGCACAGGUCGUAUCUGGCCAGGCAGUUACUGGACUCGAGCCCUGCAAUGCAGGGCGGCGCGAGUAUGGGGGCUGUAGAUUUAGGUCCAUCCAACGGUGGAGAUGCAAGCAUGCGGGCGGUAGACCUGGGGGGCGCUAGUUUGGGGGCGGGGGGCGCAAGAUCCGCGGAAACUUCAGAGGCUGGACGAGUAGGCGGAGUUAUGGGGGGAAUGGGUGGGGGGAGGAUGGGGGGAACGGGGAAGACGUCCCCGCCCCCUUGCUUGGAUCUCUCCGCGGGUUUGGGCAGAGCAGGGGGAACGGAAGGGGGCGAUGGGGGGAGAAAGAAGAGCUUGAGGCGGGAGCGGGAUUGGUGGAGUGAGGGGAAGGCGGAAGCUAUGGAGGUGGAGGGGGAAAGUGAGGCGUGCGGGGGGAGUCCGGCCUAG